CCAACAGCAGCUGGCCCAACUCUACUGCAAGACAGAGCCACCUCCUGAGGGAGAACUACACCUUCUCAGCAUACUACCAGCACUCCUCCCCAGUGGCUGCCAUGUUCAUUCUGGCAUACACCUUCAUCUUCCUCAUGUGCAUGGUUGGCAAUAUCUUGGUGUGCUUCAUCGUGAUGAAGAACCGCCAGAUGAGGACAGUCACCAACAUGUUCAUCCUCAACCUGGCCAUCAGCGACCUGCUAGUGGGCAUCUUCUGCAUGCCAACCACCUUGGUGGACAACCUCAUAACAGGUUGGCCUUUUGACAACGCCAUGUGCAAAAUGAGUGGCCUGGUGCAGGGCAUGUCCGUCUCCGCCUCCGUUUUCACACUGGUGGCCAUCGCCGUGGAGAGGUUUCGCUACAUUGUCCACCCCUUCCGGCAGAAGCUGACACUGAGGGAAGCCCUGGUGGCCAUCGCCAUCAUCUGGCUGCUAGCCCUGCUCAUCAUGUGCCCUGCUGCCAUCACCCUGACUGUCACCAGAGAGGAGUACCACUUCAUGGUGGACACCUACAACAACUCCUACCCCCUCUACUCCUGUUGGGAGGCCUGGCCUGAGACAGGGAUGAGGAGAAUCUACACCACCAUCCUCUUCUCCCACAUCUAUGUGGCCCCCCUUGCCCUCAUCGUUGUCAUGUAUGCCCGCAUCGCCUUCAAGCUCUUCAAGUCAGCAGCACCUGCCCGUGAGCAAGAGGAGCCAGAAGGAAGGAGGGUCUCCCGGAGGAAGGCCAAGGUCAUCAAUAUGCUCAUCAUCAUUGCCCUCUUCUUUACCCUCUCCUGGCUUCCUCUCUGGACACUGAUGUUGCUGACAGACUACGGGCAGCUAAGCGAGGGCCAGCUCCACCUGGUCAUCGUCUAUGUCUUUCCCUUUGCCCACUGGUUGGCCUUCUUCAACAGCAGCGCCAACCCCAUCAUCUAUGGCUACUUCAAUGAGAACUUCCGAAGGGGCUUCCAGGAGGCCUUCAGGGCCCCUUUCUGCUUGCCCUGCUGCCAUCGCCACCACCACCAUGGGCCCUGGAGCAAUGGUCGUGGGAUUCUCUUCAGCACCCGCAACCGCGUCUUCACCCAGGCACGGCCCAGUGACUCGCUGCCUGCCUCCGAGUUGGUCCUGUUGGCAUCACGCCACACCGGUGUCCCUGCAUGGGAUGGCUGA